AUCUCGUGUAUGUGUAUAGCCCGGUCCGACGGUGCUUCGUGGGAUUGGGUGGGGGGAGAGCACAGUGUCUGUGGACGCAGUCUCAGGAUUGGUAGAGUUCACCGCCAAACUUGUUGACUCAUAACUGAGCAGCGCGUCUCCAUCCAUCCAUCCAUCCGUCCUCCACCACGGCGCUGCGCUGUCCACGGUCAGUGGUGCUGAAACUCCCGCCUCCCAGACCACUCCCGCUGGAACCAUCGCAUCUCCAUUCGGUUUCCUCGCUCCCACCGAGCUUCUCAAAGUUGCCUGCGCUCGUGCGACACUCCCCCGCCCCCGAAGUAUCGCUUUACGCGUCUUCGUCCGCCGUCGCCGCUCGCAUCCAAGAGCGCGCACCAAGACUUUCAACUUAACUCCGUUCACAGAGAGGAGUCUCCGAGGCGCAGCCAUGGCUUUCAUGGUGAAACACGUGGUGGGAGGACAGCUGAAGAACCUGACCGGCGGACUGACGGAGGAGAAACCCGAGGCGGAGAAGUCAGACGCCGCCGCGAAGGGAAUGACUCAAGAGGAAUUUGAACAAUAUCAGCAACAGUUAGAGGAGGAAAAACAAGAACGAGAAGCAAAUUUUGCCCAGAAGAAAGCUGAGAGAGCAACAGUGAGAACUCACUUCCGGGAAAAGUACAGAUUACCAAAGAACGAGCUGGAUGAGACCCAGAUCCAGCAGGCAGGCGACGACGUCGAGCUGCCCACAGAGCUGGCCAAGAUGAUCGCUGAAGACAACCAGGAGGAGGCACACAAGCAGUCGGUGCUGGGACAGCUGUCCAACAUCCAGAACGUGGACAUCGACCAGCUGAAGGACAAAGCCCAGGCCACGCUGGAAGACCUGAAGAAGCAGACGGAAAACUGCAGUCUCAUGUAACCUCUCAGUCCCAGACGAUUUGAGUUUUACUUUGUGCAAGUAUGUUUUUCAGAGGCAGAGCUGCUCCGGAGUCAGAAAUAGUCUUGUUGCUUCAAUGGGAUGUCAAUUGGCAGAGCCACAUAAUCACACGUGUCCUAUUUGUGCAAAGAUGGACACACUCCCUGUGGACAAGUAAAGACUGACAUUACAAAAUCUGGGACUAAUACUAAUAAAAGAAAGGAGAUCUUAACCAUAGAGUAUUUUAUCGUGUAAUCUGGGAGACUGUGCUUGUGUGGCUCCUCACCUUGACUCAAAAUGAGAUUAUUUCUGCAUCCAGAACAACUCCUCUUCUGAAUAUCAAAACGUUGUCCAGUGUUUGAAAUUGUUGUCCGAGCCUCACGUGACCAGUGAUAACACAGUACUGUCCUGCAGCAGAGGUCUCAGGCAGCUUAUUUCACUGAUGCAUUGAGGGCACGUCACUGAAAUCAGUUGCCUGGCUGGAGUUAAAAAAGCUAUGGCUCACAAUCAGGACGUUAUGUUGGAUGUAGGAACCUGGUGAGUAAAUGUACACUAUAAAUAAACUGGGCAAUACGUAUUCCGAGCAACACAUGAGGCUAAUGUUUGGAUGCAAGUAGUUUACUAACUUAAGACGAAGGCAUUAAUCUUAGCUAUAAUCUUUUACCAAACGUAUCCUGUCAUUAUCCUGGCGUUCCUCGUCCCC